AUGACUAACAACGUGAGCUCCAGAAUGGACACCCCGACCAACAUCUCUCUGAGUCCCAGCGCCGCCGUCUCUGACUCGCUGGAGUACAAGGCGGUGUCAGUGUUCCUGGUCCUUGUGGUUUGUGGUGCGGGCAUCGUGGGAAACAUCAUGGUGGUCCUCGUGGUCCUCACCACCCGUCACAUGAGGACACCCACCAACUGUUACCUGGUCAGCCUGGCCAUAGCGGACCUGACGGUGCUGGUGGCGGCGGGGCUGCCCAACGUGUCCGACAGUCUGACGGGAACGUGGAUAUUUGGCCACGCCGGCUGCCUGGGCAUCACCUACCUUCAGUACCUGGGCAUAAACGUGUCCUCCUGCUCCAUCACUGCCUUCACCCUGGAGAGGUACAUAGCUAUCUGCCAUCCCAUGAAGGCUCAGACCGUGUGCACAGUGUCCCGGGCCAAGCGGAUCAUCGCAGGCGUGUGGUUCUUCACCUGCGUCUACUGCAUGUUGUGGUUUUUCCUGGUGGACAUUCAGGUGAACCAGGACGGACAUGUGCAGUGUGGCUACAAAGUCAAACGGGAGCUCUACCUGCCCAUAUACCUCAUUGACUUCGCCAUUUUCUACGUCAUACCGCUGCUCCUCGCCAUCGUGCUGUAUGGCUUGAUAGCACGGAUCCUCUACCUCAGCCCGCUGUCCACCCUCCCUGACACCAGCGCCACCACCCUGCGCCGCAGCUGCCGGGACGCCUCUGAAGCUGGGAGGAAGGCGGGUCGCCAGAGCCGGCCAAAGAGCGCCCUCUCCUCCAGGAAACAGGUGACAAAGAUGCUGGCAGUAGUGGUGAUCCUCUUUGCUCUUCUGUGGAUGCCAUACCGGACUUUAGUUUUGAUCAACUCUUUUGUGUCCACACCUUAUCUGGAUGCCUGGUUCCUCCUGUUUUGUCGGACGUGCAUCUAUGCCAACAGCGCUAUAAAUCCUGUCAUAUACAAUGCUAUGUCUCAGAAGUUUCGCUCAGCCUUUCGCGGGCUUUACCGUUGCCAGAGACCAGAGGCUAAUCAUAGGACACUAUCAAUGAUUCAGACUGGCUUCGGCACCGUCAGAGACCCACGAACCUCGCAGGCCGAUAGCAAUGGAACCAAUGAAAAGGCUAGGAGAGACCUAAUGAAAACUGCAAUUGAGAUGACCUCACAGCAAAAUGGAAGCAGCCACCAGGAGACAACAACUGUCAAUGGCAAGGCAGCAGACCAUGCCACCAACAUGGGCCCAGCUGCUCUCAGAUCUGUUGGGGGUCCAGCUGAGACGGCUCUAUCUGGAGAUCAGGUGUUAGGUUGGCCUUCAUUAGAUGAUACUACAGUUUAUUUAGCAGACAGACCUGCAGCCGUCCAUCAGCAGGAGAACAUUUAA